CUCUCUUUGGCGAGGGCAGCUUCGGAGCAAAACGACGUGUGUGUAGGCCCCCUUGAAUUCGGAGUCUCUUCAAAUCAUAACAUAACAACCCUCUGCAGGGUCAAUGCUGUUACGUGAGACGUAAUAGUCGGACGUAUGGGAUGGCGCUCAAUGAGUUGUUUAAUCGUCUUGGUGCAGAAAUCGAAGAUCCCGAGGAAGAAACAUUCUUACUGUUCUCGCGGGAGAUACCGUCACAAAAUCUUGGCUUCGUUGACGCCCACGCCACCAACAUCGAUUUAAGCAUCGCCGGCAAAGAAUAUGUCAUUACACAAUCCCCUACCGUUCUAACGUCAAAUCGCGAGGGUGGAACAACGGGUGCUGUCGUCUGGAAAAUCACACCUUUAGUGGCGGAGUAUCUUGCCGCACCAGACAACAUCCUUCGUCUGCCCGGCCUUCUCUCUCCCAGCUCCAUCGUGAUCGAGCUCGGCUGCGGAGUGUCGGGCCUGAUCGGUCUUGUUGUCGGCCCUACAGUGCAGAGAUAUGUCUUGACUGAUCAAUCGUACGUUGCAAGAUUUGUAGAGAAAAACUUGAGCGAGAACGAGGCUGCGGUACGACCAAAAGGACAGAAGAAGAGAAACGCAAAGCUACCUGCGCUGCGACAGCCUGAAAAUGUGGUGUUCAAAGCUCUGGACUGGGAGCUGGACGAAGUCACACCCGCCCUGACUGGCCUCGUUCACGCCAAAUCAUUCGACCUUGUCAUCGCUUGCGACUGCAUAUACAAUGAAGCCCUGAUCGAGCCGCUUGUCAAAGCUUGUGUCGAUGUGUGCAAGCUGCGGGCGAGCGAUGACGAUAGGGGUGCCAGCAGCAGCGAAGACAGUUCUUCGGCGAGCCCAACGCUGUGUCUUGUCGGCCAACAGCUGCGUGAUCCGGAGAUAUUCGAGGCCUGGAUGAAAGAGUUCCACAAAUACUUCCGCACGUGGCAGAUACCGGACGCUGCGCUCUCGCCCUCGCUCCGCUCAAGUCCAGGAUUUGUCCUUCACUGCGGAGUUUUGAGAGAAUCCUCGCAUGAAUGAUGGCUCUCCAUCGGGCGAUUAAGCAGCACGAAACUGCCCUGACAUAGCUAGAACAAGCAUAAACCAACA